AUGAGUGAGAGUGGUGAAGUUAAAGAGCACGCCCCCAACAUGAUCUCUAUGAUUGAGAGGUUGGAAGCUCUUGAGUCUUCCAUGGACUACAACAGUCGUGUCGAUCUCAUCUUGCAGUCUCUUCCUGAUUCCUUCUCUCAAUUCAUUGUUAAUUUUAACAUGAAUGAUAUUGAGUACACACUGACGGGUCUUCUUAACAAGUUAGUGAGUGCUCAGUCUCAAAUGAAGACUAAAGGGAAGGAUGUUGUUGCUUUGGCUAUCUCUACCUCUAGGCCCUCAAAGCCUAAGAAGAAAAAGAUGAUCAAUGAGCAAAAUGUUUUGGCUCCAAAUUGGGAGGAGUAA